AUGGUUGAACGGUCCGCUGGUACUAAAACCAGAAGGUUGCUUUUCCAUGGAAGGUAUAACCUCAAAUCUUUAGCUCAAACAUUGUUACCAAUAGAUGGAACAACCGAUCCAUUCACUUUAUUUCAAGCACAAAUCCCACAAUUGCAUAAUACUGCAACAGAAUGUGAAUUGCUUGCAAUAGUAAAACCAAGUUUGAUAAAGCUACUCACCCUUUGCAAGGAUGAUACAUAUCGUAACAAAGAUCGAUGUUUUCGUGUUUUCCUACUUGCCAUGAAAUUUUUAAGUGACACAAAUGCAAUGAAAAUGUUCGGUACAUUUUAUGAUAGCAAAAUGUUUACACAAUUAUCGGAUUUCUACAUUUGUUGGGCGCAACGCUGUGAUGGCAAUCAUAAUUUCAUUCGAACUAUUCUCAUCAAAGCGGAAAAAAUGAACGCCAAACCGAAAUGUGCCAUUGAAAUCAGGAAAAAACAAUUUGUUAUAAAAGAAGAGGAAUUGAUUCUAAGCAACAAUGACAAUUACGCCAUUUCCACAGCUGGUGAAAAAACUAUUACAUAUCCGUGUGAUUCAAAUCAUCAGACAUCUGCAUAUUCGUGGGAUUCAGAUCAUCAAACAUUUGCGUAUCCGUGGGAAUCAGAUCAUAUAACAUCUGCAUAUCCGUGGGAUUCAGAUCGUCAAACGGAGCUAAUGAAUGAUUUUAAAACGCCGAAUUUCAUAAAAUUUUAUAACGUACGAUCAAAACAUCAAAGCAAUUGGGAAGCAUAUAUUUACCAUUAUGUGGAAAAGGAACUACGUCAAAUAUCGGGCAUUGUUCAAAUAUAUCACUGUCUUACUUUUACUGACAAAUCUUUAACUGUUCAAGAAUUUACAGCUGGAACGUUGAAAGAAUUAAUAACAAUUCAAAAUUCUGGUGACAUAAAAUUAAGUGAAUUAAUAGUUGCAAUAAUAAUUCUCGAUCUAAUGAAAAUUUUACGUAUCACGCAUCAAAUGAAUAUUAUUCAUGGAUGCUUUAGAAGUGAUAAUAUAUUCGUUGCUAAAAGGAUUGCAUGCAAACCACAAUUUGACACAUUAAGUAAUGGUGCAACAUUAUUGGCAAAGCUAGCAAAUUGGGAUUUUGCAAUUCGAAAUACUGAUGGAAUGAAGUAUAGUGGACAAUAUAUUAAUGAGGAAAAAGUUAUCACCGAUGGCUGUUAUGUAAGAUGCCGUGGCAAAUAA